AUGCCCCAAAAUAGAACGUUUUCACGUCCUUCUCUGGGUCUUGAUGUGGGUGGUGUUUCUUUACCAGAUUCUAAUGGUCUUCGACGCAUUAAUGAUCUUAAACAAUCGUUGAGUGGUAUAGUCGCUUCACGUUCUGUGUCCUCAGAGCGAGGAGCAAGUCCUCGAUAUGAUUAUAAUCGUAAUACCAUAACUAUAAAUGAAGGUGGUGUAAAAUUAUGUGAGAGUGAGUCAUCGAAAUCUGUGGCGGAGCGUUUUCUUUUAACUUCACAACGUCGAGUAGAGGAGUUGAUGGGCGAAAAUCAUCGCCUGGAGCUUCUUUGCAUGACACAAGAAGAUGACUUGAAAAAACUUCGCACUGAAAUUGCGUUAUAUAAACAAGAACAACAACAACAACAACCGCAGCAGCAGGAGCAGAAACCAUGUGAUUCAGCUGAUAACUUAAUUGAGGUAAGGCGUAGACGUUUAAAUACCUGUAAAACUCCUUCUUUGAGCCGAAGGAGUAAAGGUUUAUCUUCAGCUACUGAGGAAGAUCGUAGAGUUGGUAGUGAAGCGAGUGUUAAUACUUCAUUUUGCAAUGGUUUUGAAUCUACUGUGCGAAAACUUGUUAGAGAUGCUAUUUCUCUCUUUCCAGAGCUUAACGUAUUUGCUUCAGAGUCUCCUAAUGCUGCUAAUAAUGAGUGGGAAUCUGCUCGUGAUGUCCUUCUUUUUAUUCAUAAUCAUUUAGCCGAUUGGAGCUGCCUUACUUCAGAGUUGAAAGGACUUGGAACGACUACAACGGUGCUAUCACAGACGUUAAGUGAUGUUGAAAUGAAUCAGUACUCAUGGCAUACUACUCUGCUUGAUCUUAUUAAGAGAUUACAAUUCGCACAGAAUCGUCAGAAAGAGAAAGUUCGGGCAAAGGAUAACCAUAUACAAGAACUUCGUAGAGAAAUUGAUUUACUUAACAAUGACAUUGCAUGUGCUAUUGCUGAUAGAGAUCGUUUUAGUUGUCGCUGUGAGGAUCUUGAACGGGCACUCUGUCGUCAAGUAGAAGAUCAAGCGACGCAACGCAAAGAGUUAGAGCGAUUGCGUCGUGAAAGUGAUGAACUACGUAAUGAAACGAAUUUGCUUCGUCCAUCAAUGCCUCUUUGCAGUCAUGAUCACUCAACAGGUUUAUCCGGCACCACACCUAUACCUGAAGGCGAUGGUAAUAGAGAUGAUAGGAAUCGUAUAAUUAUGAAUGAUUCUACUAGAGGAUUAGAGGAAGGAAUAGAAACAAAUGGUUCAGGUCUGAGAGAGAUGAAUUCAAGUACACAUUUUAUUGAUAAGGAAAAGGAACAUCUUACUCAGCAUGUGAAAGAGUUACAAGAGCAUUUGGAGCAAUUGCAAAAAGAGCUGGAUAUGGUAAAACGUUUCUCGUCAAAUUCAUCUUCUUUAACAGAUGCUGCGGUUUGUGAAUUAAAUCGUCCUAGAUUUUUACCACCAUUGGUUUUGUUAAAUUUGAAUGAUACAAAAUUACCUGAUACUAAUAUAGAUCUUUCAUCCAUUAUUACAUCUCUAGAUACAGAUGUAUUUGCCAUUAAGGACAAAAAUGAGAUUGUAAAAUCGAAUGGUCUUUUUUUUCAUAUUGGAUAUUCUAUCGCGAAUAACCUUUCUCUUUUUAAAGAUUGUUCUUUAAAUUCUGUUAGUGCAUGGGAAUUCUUUCUUUUGCAAUUGCAGUCAACUUUUACGGAUACUAUCUUUUAUAAUGCUGAUCAUGCCGCAGAUAAUGCCCAAUUUUUCUACGCACUGCUCUUUCACUCCGGAUUAAUACCUUAUAUGAGUCGUCUAGAGUUAACAGCAGCAGUAACGACUGCACUUUGUAUGGAAUGUCGAUAUUCAUCUGUUUCUGCUUGUUUUCUUUCUGCUUUGCAGGACCCAGAUGCAGCUGGUACUCAUUCUUGUAUCUUAUUAGAGAAAUUAUGCUUGGAUGCUCUUAAUGAAAUGAUGACUCAGAAAAACUUUGAAUUUAUUGAAGAAAUAGAAGUUCAUGAAAAUAAAUUAUUUCUUGAUACUGUAAAAGGUCUACUACUUCCACCUAAUGGAUCUUUUGGGAUAGAUUCUUUUAUACAAUCUAUCCUCAUUGAACUGAACAAGGGUCCGUUGCGACUAGAAGAUCCCAUUGUUCGACAACAACUUGUUCGUUUAUUGCUUUUACUUUCCAGGGAUGCUUUUACUAUGCGUCCUUUUGCGAUUAGUAAAGUUUGGGCAGAAAAGCGAUAUCAUGCACUUCAGGAAGAGGCCCGUCUUGCCAAAGAGCAUAACCUUUACGGUUUUGAUAUCUCUUCAUUACUGUGUAGUAGUAUCGCUGAUGCUCAGCUACAAUUAAUAGAGUUGAAGGUAUUACCACUUUGUCGUGUGAUGCUUUUAGUUUUUCCAUCUCUACAACCUUGUUUGUUAACCCUUCAGGCGAAUAUGCAGUUAUGGCUCCAGCAGAGCAAAGUUUUUCAAAAUGUUCAUAUUCAUUUUGACCGUCUUCAAUACUUCUUUACAUUACCGGAUGCUUUUGAAGUUUAUGAUAAAGACAACAAACAGGAUUCUGCUACGCAUGGAGCUGUUUCUCUUCUUGUUAAGGAUGAGAAGUCAGAUGGUGAAAAUAGUUCUUUUCCUGCAACUCAGUCUCAAGUAAAACGUGGAUCCAUUGUUGUCAGUACAGAGGGCUUUCUUGCAUUUCAGAAGGAGAUGCUUUCUGUGUAUAAUGAAAAUAUUUCUCUUCGACAGUCACUUGAAGAACUACUUCGAACGGUUGAGUCGGCCACUGUACAUACAGAUAGUACUGCUUGA